AUGCUCUCUGCUCUUCUCUUCCUGAGCCUGCUGCUUGGGGCCAACCUGACACCAUCCGGCCGCCUCUCCUGUUACAGGAAAAUAUUGAAAGACCACAACUGCCACAACAUCCCAGAGGGAGUGGCCAGUCUUCGGCCAAUUGACGGGCAUCUUCAAGAUCACUUUUGGGAAGGAAAAGGUUGCGAGAUGGUCUGUUAUUGCAAUUUUAAUGAAUUACUCUGCUGCCCAAAAGGUAUCUUUUUUGGGCCGAAAAUAUCAUUCAUGAUUCCCUGCAAUAGCCGCUAA